AUGUUGUCUGGGCUACAGAUGCUGCCACUGCUGUGGCUUCUACUGUGGAUGCCCAAAUUCGGGCUCUCAAAUACCCUAGGCAUAUGGGACAUAAUAGCCAGCGCAGAUCGUGACAACAUACCCUCCCGGUACACAAGAGCCUGUGAAAGAGUGAACAGGGGAACUACUGAGGAGGAUCCAGAGACCGAUGGUGACUCUUUCAAUGAUGACGUCUCCAUGGAGCCAAUGGUGGACAUCAACAAUGAAGUUUAUAAACAAUUCAGAGACAGCCAGAAAAGCGUGUAUGUUAUCUUCAACAAAACACAGCUCCGGGAAGCUGUGCCUGAACCCUCAUUGCUGUGUUUGGCUGAGUUAAACCUGCACAGACGCAGGAAGGACCAGGAACAGCUUGUGAUGCUGUAUGAGAAAUACAGAAGCAAAUCUUGGCACUAUCUAAGCUAUCGCUUCCUAGCCAAUGGCGACAUAGCAAACUGGAUGUGGUUUGACGUCACAGAAGUUGUGCGGCGCUGGCUGAACCAAGCAGGACCAGUCGAAGUCUUCCGCCUAAACCGCAUAAGCUUAACUGAGAAUGAAGAAAAUGCUCUCCACAUGGACAUCAGUGGGCUCACACCCGCUGGCCAUAGUGACUAUGAUCACAAUGACAACAGGAAGCACCCCUUUCUGCUCAUUGUGACCUCUUCGCUGAAGCAGACCCAGCCUGUGAACAGCUCCCAGCAACCCUGA